GGGAAUUCCCCAGGAGCAAGACGAAGCAAAUCAAGCAAUACUAACAAAAUACGAAGACUACGAUAAAGAAACUCUACAUUUUUAAGACGACUAUCAUUAUUUAUUGCACUAGUAAUGGCAAUGCUUAGUCAGAGUUAAAUCGAUUUCAUAACACAGAAGAAGACAUGGACAGACAAUGUCAGCUAAAUGGAGGAGGACCGAUGCUGCAAGCUCAAACAAUCAAACAAACUCAGAAAAAGGAGAAUGUAGCGGCAUAGCUUUUAAGACUGAUACAGAUUCUAGCCAUUCUCCACGAAAACGACGACUAGCUUGUCAGCCUGGUGAUGUAGAUAAACAUAGCCAGGAUAAAAAGAGAAACGCGGACCUUGUCCUUGAUUUGCAAUCUACAAAACCAAUUUUUGAUGAGCGGGAAGUAAAUUUAAUGCAAACGCAAGCUUCUACUAGCAACCCAGAGAAAACAAGUUUAGAAUUAGUUCAACCUCAGCAAAAAUCGGACGAAAAGGAAGGCGCAGGGAAAACUACGUUUCAUAAAAAGAAAAAAACAGAAGUUAAAAGCAAUUAUAACAUUGAGAAUUUAACCACAACUGAGCUACCGAUUGAAGUAGAACGUCUUUUCAAAUACUUAUUAAAAUAUCCCGAUCUAUACGCCCAGGAUACUGAUGGCGAUACGUUACUUCACUUGGCUAUAGUUCAUAAAAAAGUAAAUUUAAUACUUGCAACAAUAUUGGCUAUGGAAAAAAGAAAACAAGAAGACACGAGGGGAGUCAAUGUUCAAAACAAAUUACGCCAGACUGGACUACACUUGGCUGUUCUGACAUGUCAACCUAGUAUUGUCAAAUUCUUAUUAGAACAUGGAGCAGACGUAAAUGCCGCCGAUCACAAUGGUCAUACUGGACUACAUUUAGCAUGUAAGAACGCAGACGUUGAAGAUAUACGAGCAAUGAGAAUUAGAAAAACCACAGCUGAUGAAAACAAUGAAAGUUCAAUUGAUAUUAAUAUGAAAAAUUUUGAAGGUUUAGCGCCAAUUCAUCUUGCAACUUUAACUGGAAGCUGUGAAGUCAUUGAUGAGUUAUUGGAUAUGGGCGCGGAUAUCGAUGCAAAGGAUUGUAAAAGUGGACGAACAGCUUUACAUCAUGCAGUUGAAGCUCAAAAUCCUAUUGUAACAAGGAUGCUGCUCUCGAGAAACGCUGAUGUGAAUGCACAAACAUUUGCCGGUAAUACGCCGUUACAUGCUGCCAGCGGUCACCGUAUGGAGAAUAUUAUAUAUAUCUUGCUAGAGUUUGAAGCUGAUCGAAAACUAACAAACUUUGAGGGUGAUCUUCCUCUUCCAGAGACCUAUAUGCCUUAUGCCGUGAUAAGAAAACUGGCACAAAAAUCAAAAGAAAAGAAACAAAACAAAUAACUUAAAUAUAUGGUGGAGUUUAUAUUAUGAUCGCACACGACGCCUUAAGAGCGGAGUAUUACUAGCUACAUGUAUUACUAUACAACCGUGCAAUAUACAGGGUAAUUCAAAUACUAAAUUUCAAAUAUUUUAUAGUACAGUUUUAUUGGGGGGGGGGUUAAAGAUAUUUCGCUCCCUAGAUAUAUAAUUGGGGAGGGGGGUCGCACCUCUUCCAUUUUUACGUCUCUGAUACUUGUUAUAUCUUUGAACUUUUGGGACCGACUAAAACGCGCAUAUCCGCUGGGGGUAUCAUUGUGCAUCGCCCAGACCACCGCUAAGGCUCGUUUUGAUAGAUGUGAACGAGAGAAUAAAAGCUCUUAUACAAGUGUAAACGGGCCUAAAAAUAUACCAAAUAAUUGCAUGUU